AUGGCUUCUAAUAGUAUUAUAAUUCCCUCAUCCUCCAUGCCUCCACCUUCAUCUUCAUCCCAUAAAUAUCAUGUUUUUUUGGGUUUUAGAGGGGAAGACACACGUAAAACUUUUACGGACCACCUCUAUUCAAAUUUGGUGCAAGCUGGAGUUAAUACAUUUAGAGACGACGAGGAGCUCAGAAAAGGCACAGAAAUCAGAUCUGAACUGAUUCAAGCUAUAGAAGAUUCCAUGAUCUCCAUUGUUAUUUUCUCAAAAAAUUAUGCAUCGUCUAGCUGGUGUCUCGAUGAGCUUUUGAAGAUACUUGAGUGCAGAGAGCAGCAUGGUCAGCUAGUUAUUCCUAUAUUCUACGACGUUAAUCCUUCUGAGGUACGUAGACAAGCCGGUACAUUUGGUAAAGCACUUGCUAAACACGAAAACCGUUUUGGGAAGGAGAAGGUAGUAAGGUGGAAAGCCGCUGUCAAAGAAGCUGCAAAUUUAUCGGGACGGGAUUUGCAGAACGUCGAGGACGGGCAUGAAGCAAAAUUCAACAAGAAACUUGUGGAAGAGGUCUUAAAGUUAGUAAACCCCACAUGCAUACACCUUCCAAGACUGGUAAUUGGGCCUAAUUCUCAUGCAGCGGGAGUUAUUUCUCUAUGCGAAUUCUACUCAUCAACUGGUGUCUGCAUGUUUGGGAUCUAUGGGAUGGCUGGCAUUGGCAAAACAACUGUUGCCAAAGCCGUCUACAAUCAAAUCCACAGGGGGUAUGAAGGUUUCUCCUUUGUGGCUCACGUAAGAGAGCGCUCGGAAAAUAACAUGCUUCACAACCUACAGGAACAACUUCUAUCUGAGGUUCUAAAAAGAGAGGACUUUAAAGUCCAAUAUAAUGUUGAUAAGGGAAAAUGCCUAAUCCAAGACAGACUUGGUCAGAGGAAGGUCCUCAUUGUUCUGGAUGAUGUCGAUGACAUGAGCCAGAUAAAAGCAUUGGCAGAAGAGAGAAGCUGGUUUGGUUCGGGGAGCACAAUAAUUAUAACAACAAGAAGUGAGCAUUUGCUAGAUGAUGUUGGAGUAGACUAUAAGUACGAGGUAACAAGGUUGGAUGAUUUCUCUUCCAGGCGACUCUUUUGUUUUCAUGCUUUCAAGGAUACUACUGUACCCGAAAAUUUGGAUCAUGAGUUGGUGAAAGACAUAGCACAUCUAGGUGGAGGGGUUCCUUUAGCACUCGAAGUUUUGGGCUCUCUUUUGCAUAAAAAGGACGAUCAAACAUGGAGAAGUACCCUCGAGAGCUUGAAAAAUCUUGCUCAUCACAGUAGUAUUCACAAAGCACUCAAAGUAAGCUAUGACUCACUUGAUGAGAACUCUCAGGAGAUUUUCCUUGACAUCGCGUGCUUUUUCAUUGAAGCCCAAGAACUUUAUGCUAGUCUUAUAUUGACCGGUUGUGAUCGCUCUUUCAGCUUGGGGAAAGGAAUUUUGACCGGAAGAUGUUUAAUCAAAAUCGAACAGAAUCGUUUGUGGAUGCACGAUUUAGUUCGAGAUAUGGCUAGAGAAAUUGUUCGUCGAGAGUCACUUAAUGAGCCUCAUAUGCGCUCUAGAUUGUGGUUUCAUGAAGAUGUUAAUUAUGUGCUACGAAAGAACAAGGGUAGCAAUCUGAUAGAAGGCAUCAGCGCCAUCCAUCCCAAAGUGAAAGAUUUAACUGUUAACACAAAGUCCUUUGCAAGAAUGGAUAGGUUGAAAAUAUUUCAAGCAAAAGGAAUGAAUUUUACUGGAAGCUUCAAAAAUUUGUUUGACGACCUAAGAUGGCUAAGUUGGCAAAAUUUCCCUUUGAAAUGUUUACCUACUGAUAUUCAUCUAACCAAACUUGUGGCUCUGGACAUGCAAUAUAGCAACAUCAUGGAAGUUUGGCAAUCCACCAUCAAGCCCCUGGAAAACCUGACACAUCUAAAUCUCAGUCAUUGUCAACGACUAAAGCGAACUCCUGAUUUUUCAAGGGCGAUAAGUCUUGAGACAAUAUUGUUUACAGGUUGCUCCGAGUUGGGUGAGAUUGAUUCAUCAAUAAAAUAUUUGGUGAAACUUGUUUACUUAAAUCUGGAAGACUGUGUAAGCCUCAAGAAUCUACCAAGCAGCAUUUGCAAGCUAGAAUCACUUCAACAUCUAAAUAUGUCAGGUUGCUCGGGUCUACAACAACUGCCUGCUGAUUUCGGACACUUGAAAAACCUAAGAAGCUUAUCAUUACAAGGAUGCAACAGAAGUUUAAAGGCUCAAUCUUGGCUGACUUCUAUUUUAUCUUAUGUACCAUGGGCAGGAAGUAGUUCAUCGUGUCCAGAGAGGUUGUUGCCACAUUCCCUUUCCCGUUUAAGUCACUUGACGGUGCUCAAUCUCAACGAUUGUAGGCUUUCAGAAGCAGAUGUUCCCACCAAUCUUGGGAGUUUAACCUCAUUGAAAUACCUGAAUUUAGGAGGAAAUGAUUUUUACACUCUCCCAUCAUCCCUCUUUUGCGACCUAUCUGAGCUAGAGUGUCUUGUCCUGGAUAAUUGCAAGAAUCUUCAAAUGUUCUCACUACUUCCUUCUAAUCUGCAAGUGCUCCAUGCAAAUGAUUGUUCAUCCAUUGAAAGUCUAGACAUGUCCAAUUACAGGAUACUGCCACAGCUCUAUGUAUCUAAUAGCGACAGAUUGUCCGAGAUUAAGGGCAUGGAAACUAUCGAAAAUGUUGAAUAUGUUCGCAUAGAGAGCAGUAGCAAGCUGACAGGAGAAUGUGAUAAAGAUCUUCCUUAUCCAAGCAGCUACUAUAUUGCAGGUAGCGAGGUUCCAGAAUGGUUCAGCAACCGAAACAUAGGAUCUAAUAUAACCUUAACAAUGCCACCAAACAUAGAACAUAACUUCCAGGGAAUGAUCCUUUGGUCUAUCUACCAGUUCAAAUACAAUGGAGCUUUUCAAUAUGGUCCUAUCAUAGAGGUCGGUGAUCAGACCAAUAAGGUUACAUGGGUCCUUGGCUUCCCUGAGAUUACUGUAACCGCUGACAAACGUUCUUGGGUGACCUUCAUACCACGAGAUUACUUUUGUCCUGCUUUAGAAGGUGGAGAACAAAUUACAUUUUCGUUCAGUAUCAGAGAGCAAGGAUAUACAGGGUUAAAAGUGACAAAGUGUGGCGUCCAUCCAGUCUAUGCAACAGCAGGAAGAACAUUGCCAAAACUCCAGUUUCGAGAUCCUCGGAGUAAUUUUGAGGAAAGGAGGUUGAUACCCUUGUGGAGACCAUCAUCCAUUGCUGGAGUAGGACAUGUUAUGUCAUAUCAUCUUAAUAAUGGCACUGAUGAUCAGCACAUUCAGAAAGUCAUAUUUAACGGCCUUCGUCUUUCGCAAGCUGGUGAUGGGACAUCUUUAUUUCACAACAUCAUCGGCACACCUUUCCAUGUAAAUCACGCGAACUUUCGCCAGAUUUUGCAGGAAGCAUAUGACCAUAGUCGACAGAAUACAGAUGAUUGGCGAGAUCUAUUUUGCGAUGUGGUAGUCGACCAACAAAACAGGUUAGGCUUGGGUGAAGGAAGUUGGAACUGUUGGGUCUGA